AUGCGCAAUCCGCCGUUUUUAGCGGGAUUGCAGCUGCUACAGCUCAUACUCGCCUUUGCGGCAUGUAUUUCAGCUUCCAGUGAUGUUGUCGGCGACCCAGGCACCGUCUGGGGCACCUAUCGGCCUCAAGUAUUGUUCGGCAUGCGACCGCGUCUUCCAGACUCGCUCGUCACGGGGCUCGCGUACUUUGCGACGCGGGACUACCAUGAUGUAAACAAUAUGCGCCACAGUAGCGCGGAAAAUCAAGGCAUUGAUGGGUACGGCUGGACCUACCACGAUGGACGCACCUUCGGAGUACAAGAAAUCAUGGACCGUGCGAACAACUACAAAAUCGAAACAAGUUUCGUCAAAACAGGCCACGAAUCAAGCCCAGGAAACUGGGCCGUGCGUAUCAAAGGCACGGUGAUUGACCGCGAUGAUCCUGCAGAGCUCGCUGUCGUGUAUUAUAUCGGCAGCGAGUCGCCUGACACCACGCUUUCCAUCCACGGUACCUCGGACGGCCCCUCGUUCUCGGGCACCUCGCCGGUGUUUGGCAACUUCACGCUCAAAGCGGUGCAGCCUACCAUAAACCGCUAUGCACACAAUGUCUCGCCGUCGUACACGGGCAUACAGGCGCCGUACGACGAGGUAUGGCGCGGCAAAGAGUAUGUCUUGAGCGAGUUGGCCACCAAUUUUGAGCAGAUAUACAAGCACGGCGAGACGGACAUCAACGAUCUUCCCCCUGCUGCUACUGUACUCCAGCUACACAACAACACAAUGAGCCAGGCCACGUUCUAUGCUCUGCAGCACACCUUUACCGGCGACUUUACCCUGGAUUGGUUCUUCGAGUCCGCUGAUACGCCGCGUGCGGCGCACAUGGACAGUGCCGCGUUCAGCGGCGCACUUGCGCAGCACAAGCAUGCGUACGAAGACCGCUUUGAAACGCAGUUCCAGCUAGCCAAGCAAGGCUUUUCUCCCGAGGAAAUCGCCCAGGCGCGCCAAAUUACUGCCCAAGUGCUCGGCGGGAUUGGCUUCUACCACGGCGACAGUUUGGUCGACAGCCGCGAACUCGACAAUGAAGAGCUCAACCUGCACGAGCCCGAGAGCGCGCAGCCGCAAAUUGUGCCGUCUCGAGCGCUGCUCACCGCCACGCCAAGCCGCAGUUUCUUCCCGCGUGGAUUUUACUGGGACGAGGGCUUCCAUCUUUUGCACAUUGGUGCUUGGGACAUGAACCUGAGCAUGCAGCUGUUUGAGUCCUGGACAAGCUUGAUCGACGACAAGGGCUGGGUCGCCCGCGAGCAGAUCCUCGGCAAAGAGGCCCACAGCUGGGUCCCGGACGCGUUCAAGGUCCAGUUUCCCAACUAUGCCAAUCCGCCAGCGCUGAUCAUGGGCCUGAACGCGUAUUUGGACAAGCUUGCAGCCGUACAGGACAUGACUGGCGUUGCAGAGGCCGCACAGCAGCCAUUUGCGCUAGGCGCCGCGCGGCAGGGCGGGAAGCCCCGCGAUCCAAGCUUGCUGGCGCGCUUGUACGAGCCAUGGCGGCGCCACUAUUUAUGGUACAGAGACACCCAGCGCGGCCAGGUCCGCCAAUGGGACCGCGACGCUACUGCAAAAGGCGAGGCAUUCCGUUGGCGCGGCCGGUCGCAGACCCACGUUUUGACCAGCGGCCUGGACGACUAUCCGCGCGCGACGGAGCCGCAUAUCGGCGAGCUGCACGUCGAUCUGCACGCUUGGAUGGGCUGGUUUGCGCGUGCGAUGCACCGCUUCGCCAAGACGCUCGGCAUGGACGACGACGCGGUGGAGUACGAGCACCAUGCAGCCGGCAUCCAAAACAAUCUUAAAGACUUGCACUGGGACGCGCAGAGCAAACUAUUUUGCGACGCGUCGGUGGACGAGUUCGAGGAAUCGUAUUUAGAGUGCCACCCUGGCUAUGUGAGCCUCUUUCCUCUGCUCAUGGAACUGUUACCUGCGGAUAGCGACGAGCUGGGCGCGACGCUCGCCAUGAUGCACGACCCAGCGCAGCUUUGGUCACACCAUGGCUUGCGCAGUUUGAGCAAGCAGCAUCCUCUCUACCGUACCGGCGAAGACUAUUGGCGCAGCGCUGUCUGGGUCCCGGUGAACUACUUGGCCCUGCGUGCGCUGCACAACCACUAUGCUGUUGUGAACGGGCCGUACCGCGCGCUGGCACAGGCAAUGUACACUGCGCUGCGGAAAAACAUCAUCGAUACAGUGCUAAAUGCACACUGA